GACGCCGUGAUAGAUGUUGCGGGUCUUGUCAUUACAUGGCGUUAGGAACUAAGAUAGCAGAGCUUCAAAUCAUAUACAUGCUGGUAUUAAGAUGAUGUUAACUGUCUUAUGAUACUGAUUAUUGUUAACACUUUGAUUCGUUUUGUGUUCACUGGAGGAGGAUCAAUACCUUUUUUUCUUGACCAGUUAUGGAACAGCGCGUUCUGUAAGCGUCGUACUGCGAAGGACAACAACCGCACAGCUGCCCAACAUUUUGACAAUCAUCGGAUCCAAUUAGAUCAGCUGGCUUGUUUUCAACCAUGCCGAGCCUGAGCACGCAAUCGAGCAAGUCAUCUGUAUCAUGGCCCGGGCAUCCCAUGGCAGCGGGAAGCUACAUGCUCCAGGCGGCUCAGGAGCCCAUCCUCGUAACCCACACCAAUUUCCAGGCGGCGGCCCCGCCCAGCCGAUCAUGUAGUGCAAACAGCGACCGAGCCCAGUCACCAGCGAGUAAUCGCACCUUUAAAGCCGCCACGCCCACAACCACCACUCCCGCCUCAACCAAAUCCACCCCCAGCAACUCACAUUACAGGUGCAUCUGCACCAUCGCGAUCCUCUGCUCACUCCUCGCGCUGUGCCUUCUCAUUGCCGGCCUGGUAUUCCUGCUCGAUGGUGUCGCGUCGACGUCGAGAACGGUGGGCAUUGUCCUCAUCGUCGUCGCCACCUUAGUGACAAUAGGCACCAUGGUCUUGUGGAGGUAUACCUGUCUGCGACGUAAAAUGGUUCAGGAAGGACAGCAGGCCGUCACUUUAAAGUCUGUGAAAUCGAACACCAGUUCGUCGUACGUACCACAAGAAAUAUAUAUUUAGGUUGUGAUUUGAUCUAAACUGCAUUCAACAAACUUUGAAUUCCCGAAAAAAAACGCAUUCUGUUAAUUUUAAGUGGUUAUUUUGGAUGAAAUGUGACAAAGGAAGCCUUUGUGAAUAUCGUCUGCAUCAUCUGGUAUUCAUGUAUUUCGAUUUUGAGAUACUUUAUUAUAGCAUGUUUAAAUACCAAAAUAGGUUGUCUCCG